AUGAUAGGAACUUAUCAACAACAAAUCCCCGUAAAAAAUUAUUUUUUAAACGAAACAUACAACAAUUCUCAAAAUAUAUCCGUUAUAUUAACAAACGAUGACGUCACAUUAAAAGAAUUAGAAAAAAAUUUUAUUAAAAGUCAUUCGCACCAUCUCACAUCGGCGACGGAUGAUGGAAAUUAUAAUAAAAUAAAACCAAAGGAAAAUGAUGACGUCGUAGCAGACGAUAAAUUACCAUUCGAAAUAGAUAUAGUAACGAAAUUUUUAAGAAUCGUCGAAACGCAACACGUACUCGGUGAAAAUUGUACCGCCGGUACGGAUUUAAAUUUAGGAGAAGGUGUCGUCGACAGGUACGCACAAGAAAGGUUUCGUGUCGAAGCCGAUGUUGCCGUUAAUAGAGCCAACAUGUUGACAAGACUUUGGAAAUAUGCAGAUCCGGAUGUAUUAAGUUCGGAAUAUUUACUUCAUGCAAGCGUUGUAGGAAUGGUCGAAUUCGAUGAUGAUAUUUUUGCGGGGGGCAAUUGUUACGACGAAUAUCAAUAUAAAGAUUAUUGGUUGUUUUGCCCUUAUGCUUUCCGACUUCCCGAUGGACCAAUAUUGACGAAAAAUCUUGCCAUUGAAUAUAAAUAUAUAACAAAUACGUCGGAAUGGUUUUUCAUUGCGAGAAAAUCGGCGGAAAGAAUAAUUAAAAAUCACGAUCAACUUAAAAAAGGUUUUAUUGCAUUUACGUAUAAUGACACGACACAUAAAUCAUGGAUGCCGGAUGAAAUAUUAUCCGUUAGGUACGAAGAUGGAAAAUGGAGUAAACCUUAUUACGAUUGUGGUGGUGGUAAUAUAUGGAUGCUCACGUAUACCGUACCUUUUUUCGGGGGAACAAGUGGUAUAGACAUUGAUUUACGUAGGGUUGAUAUCGAUCAAUGUCCUUCGCCUCCAGGAAAUGCGGCACUAAAUAUUUUUGCGGGAUCUCAUAAAUGUAAAAAGAAAACAACGAGGUGCGAACCCAUAUCCGGUCUCGGAUUUCGUAGAGGAAGUUAUAAAUGUUUAUGCAAAAGAGGAUUUUAUCAUCCUGAUACAAAAUCCGAACAUAAAUAUUAUAAUGGAACGGUUGUAGAAGAUGAGUACGAAAAAUUUGUUAUGGGGGAAGAAAACCUUUACGAAAAGUCAAAUUUUUUCGAAUGUUUACCCUGCGCUGAGGGUUGCGAUUUUUGCGUUGAUAAACGUCCCUGUAUAGCUUCUUUAAAUUGGGUCAUGCGCACAAUCAUUUUGGUUUUAUCUUGCAUGAUAAUAUUAUGCCUCCCCGCCAUUCUCGUAUUCACAUGGAAAUAUGGAAAUGUCAAAGUUGUUAGAGCGGCAAGCCCUGUUCUUCUUAGAUUUAUAAUAUUGGGAGCUUUUUUCAUGUAUUGUACGCCUAUCGUCAUGUAUCCAACUCCAAAUUUGGGAACAUGUACCUUAAGAGUUUGGUUGAGAGAAAUCGGAUUUUCACUUACAUACGGAGCUUUAAUGCUUAAAACUUGGCGAAUAUCCGUUAUUUUUCACGUGAGAUCAGCAAAACCGGUUAGAAUAACAGAUUUCGAUUUACUUAAAAGAUUGGGUAUGAUCGUCGGAAUAUUUUGCCUGUUUUUAAUAAUACGAACUUUGGUGGCACCACCAUUUGUCAUAACCGGUAAAACAGCAGAAGAUUUAAAAGCGUAUCUAUGUCGAACGGAUUGGUGGGACCAUUCAUUUACCUCUUUGGAAGUAUUAUUUUUAAUAUGGGGUAUAAGAUUAUGUAUUGUCGUACGAAAAGCUCCUUCGGAAUUUAACGAAAGUCGUUUUAUUUCAAUGGCUAUUUAUAAUGAAUUCCUACUCACGGUAUUUUUAAAAGUAUCUAUGCUUUUCCUUCGAAAGCCGGCUAAUCCAGAUUUAUUAUACAUAAUUUUUUUUUGUUACACUCAGCUUACGGUUACCCUUCUUUUGUGUUUGAUUUUUGGUAGUAAGAUGUAUAUAGUUUUUAGAGGUCAAGGUAAACUCGAGGAAAGUUCCAGUACAUUUUCAAAACCUCAAACAACAACAUUUUUAGUUAAACCUAAAUCAUUAAGUUCUCAACAAAAUCCUUCGAUAGAUUCCACAGCCGUGACAAAACAAGUUUUAAGCGAUGAAUGCGAAGUACAGGAAGAAUUUUUAAAAAUUUGCAUAGAAUUAGAAUCUAUAAAAAAAACAUACAUAAAAUUAGGUAAUAAAAAUUACGUUGCAAAAAUAGCAGCGAUGCAAGAAAUAGCAAGGAAAGAUUUUACUAAAAUGUCUUCCGAAACGUCGAAAAUAAAUCCCGGUGAUAAUAAUUCCGGGGAAUCUAUUAAAGAAGAAAAGGAAGAUGAAGAAGAGGAAGAAGAAGAAGGGAAGGGGGUUGGGAAUGAUAAUAGAAAAAAUAAAAAAAUGGGAUCAAAUUGUGAUAAGGUGACAACAAUAGUUCACAAACAAAAUUGUCGAGCUUGCGGUGGAAAAGUGAGAAAAUCAAACGAAGACUCAUCAUCAUCAACCACAUCCGGUUCUCAUACGCAAUAUAAAAAAGAAUGUAAUUUAUGCGAUAAAAUAAAUAGUCAUCGGGGAGGUAGUGGAGGGGAUGAAAAAUUAGAUGGUUAUGGAAAGGAAUAUACGAAUUCAAAUAUCGAUAGAUUACAUUCUGGACAUGCUAAAACUCACAGCAUCGUUAUCAAUUUAGAUGAUAACAGCAGAUUUACGGAUGAGGUAACUGUGUGA